UAGUGCUCUCUUAUAUCCCCCAAAAUGCUCAAUUCAACGAUCCUGACAGACACGUAUACACUACUCAGUGCAGAAAACAUUACAUCCAUCCUCUAUUCAGACAGUCCAACCUGCACAAAAAACGAUGGAUUCAAAUAUCCGCUGUACAGCACAGUUUUCAGCAUAGUGUUUGUUAUGGGACUAAUCACCAAUUUAGCAGCCAUGUAUAUCUUCACAUGCUCUCUGAAGUUGAGAAAUGAAACCACCACGUACAUGAUCAACUUGGUGGUGUCAGACUUGUUGUUUGUCUUUACACUUCCUCUGAGGGUCUUCUACUUCAUCAACCUGGACUGGCCAUUUGGCAGAGUGCUCUGUGUUCUCUCUGUUUCAGUGUUCUACACGAACAUGUAUGGCAGCAUUCUUUUCCUCACCUGCAUCAAUGUAGACCGCUUCCUGGCUAUUGUGCACCCCUUGCGCUCACGAGCUGUGAGAACUAAACGCAAUGCUAAGAUAGUGUGUGUUGCGAUGUGGUUGCUGGUUCUGUCUGGCAGUAUCCCCGCUGGGUUUAUGCUCGAAACAACUUCACCCGACCAGACAACCCGGUACUGCUUUGAGAACUUCUCCUCCACCCAGUGGAAAUCCCAUCUGUCCAAAAUUGUGAUCUUCAUUGAGACAGUUGGCUUCAUCAUCCCCCUGCUGCUCAACGUGUUAUGUUCUGGCAGGAUUCUCCAGACCCUAAGGCGACCACAGGCCAUCAGCCGGGGGAGAAAGCUAAAUAAAACCAAGAUCCUACGUAUGCUCGUUGUCCAUCUAUGCAUCUUCUGCUUCUGCUUCAUCCCCUACAAUGUCAAUCUGAUAUUCUAUGCUCUUGUCCGCACCAAAACCCUGAAGGGCUGUUUUGUGGAGUCUGUGGUCAGAACAAUCUACCCCAUAGCCCUUUGUAUUGCUGUGUCCAACUGCUGCUUUGAUCCCAUUGUCUACUAUUUUACUUCAGAAACUAUUCAGAACUCCAUCAAACGAAAGUCUAAGGUCAGCCAAACCUAUGAUGUCAAAUUCGAGGGCCUGCAGUCGGAACCCAGCUCUAACCUCCGAUGUGGCCUGAAGAAUCUCAAAUCUGCUAUUUUCCAUGAUGAGUCUUCAGUGUGAUUAGUCAGUAUACUCGGAAAACAAGGUAUAUAACUCUGGGGUUAUGGAUAUGUCAUCGAUGACUGAAAAUGUGAAAAUUUAUGGUGAGGGUGCUAAAGAAUCAGCUACUGGAGUGAUAGUUUCAGUCUCCAUCUCAGGGGGGAAAACAUGGGCAUUAGACCCAUCACAGUGUAUGCCACUCAUUGUUGGACUCCUGUGGACAUAAUGUGAUAUUUUUCUAACAUCACCAUGUGGAAUAUAACUUCUGAAUGUAGAAUGUAACUUUUGCAGAAAGGUCACCCAUAAAAAUAAACUGGAAUGCAGUUUGGAAAUCCUGUUUCAUAGCAAUUUCAACAAGUACCCAUGUGUUUUUGGGAAGUUGUGUGAACACAUGAUGUGUAUGAUGUAGCCCAGUACUAUAAAGUGAUAGUUAUUAUUGAAUUAUAUUGAAGAAUAGCUUAGCUUUUCCAUUGCAUCUGUUAUGGUGACGAUCUUCAACUAAAUAUGAGACUUCAAAUCAUGUUUCUGAUUAUGCCUUGAGGGCAUAUAUUAUGCCUCAUGUAUUUUGUACAUUUCAAUGCACUGACACAAUAUAUUAAAUGUUGCUGUAUGCCAC